CCGACGACCUCCUACUACGUCGUCGCGCGGUGGCUCCUGCCGCCGGAUCUGGGACCCGCCAUCACCUACCUCCCACCCCGCGUCGGCUCCUUCCUGCGACGCCGCCGGCCAUGUGCCCACGCCUUCGCCAGCGGCCUGGUCCCGCCCAAGCCCGCCUCUACUUCCUCCCUGACUUGGCCAGACCCCAUCCUCUUCCCCAGAUCUGGCAAUAGACGGGGCGACGCCGAUGUUCACGGUGGCCGCCGGCCCAAGAAGCUCGAGAUGGAUCCAGCGGCGCCCAGUCGCCCAGUUGCCGACCCCGGUCAACCAUGGAGCCUUGCGAGUCGGAUCCAGCGGAUUUGGUUCUUCCGCGCGCCGCCACUUGGUCCCUGAGCGCCCACAGGAGAUGACUCCGGCGCUCCGCCAACCGACAAGCGAGGAGGGCGACGACACGAGCUCCUCCUCUGGCGAGGAUCCCAGCAACUACCCAGCCGCCCCAUGGCACUUGUCCUGGCAAGGACGAGGGUCGAGGACGCCUAGAUGCGGGCUGCUGCCAGCGUCCUAGUUCCCUGGUGCAGUCCAGCAUCCCCGAUGAGCUCCCUUCACCAACGCCCCCUCUCUGCAGUUGGGAUCGAGCACAGGUGCAGCUUCUCAUCGUCAAUGCGGUCCCCUCUGGCCUCGCCCGCACUUCUGAUUGGAGCUUGUUGAGGUUGACUCAGCAAAAAGUAUGGAUAAAGCAAAAAAAUAAUGUUGUAUUUGGGUGAAUGCAGUUUUUCAAUUGUCUGAGAAAAUUGUGCAGUA